CCAUGAAGCGGAGGGAGUGGCCAUGUUGGUUUCGGGAAGCAGCGUCUCUCUCGUCGACACACGCAGGUCACUUCACUAGAAUCUGCGAGAGAAGCAAGUAGGGGAAACACGCUGACAAAAAUAAUGAAGCGCCACUAUCAGCCCAUUUUACCGUGCUGGCUUUUUAUGUAACGCCUCAACAGCUCGUCGUUAAAAGUCAGUGAUUUGGCAUCAUGUCUAGAAGAGGGUGUUCCAAGUCUUCAAUGUCAGGAAUAUUUCCGGACCAGAUUGAGCCCCCUCAGGGCCAGGGCAUUCAUGUUUAUCUCUUCUGGACCAAAGAAGGGGAGAGAUAUUUGUCUCAUACAAAUGGAAAGGUGACAGCAGAGGAGCUGUGCAUCUCGGCUGCAGAGGCUGUAGGGAUAAGCCCUCUGUGCCAUGUGUUGUUUGCACUCUACAAUCCAGUUACACGCUGCUGGUACAGUCCAAACCACAUUUUCAGUCCAGAGGAGAACUCCAGCCUCAUACUUCUCUACUGUCUGAGGUUUUACUUUCGGAAUUGGCAUGGACUGAAUGAGAAUGAACCCAUUGUGUCCCGCUAUGCUCACCGAUCUGGGAGUGAUCCGGGUGGUUCCCCUCUGCUUGAAAUCACGUCCUUGGAGUAUUUAUUUUCCCAGGCUAAAUUUGAAUUUGUGAAUGAAGUGGUGGAAAUGGAAGAAGUCAACUCAGAAGCGGAGCUAAAGCGCUUCAAAAAUGAGAGCUUGGGAAUGGCUGUGCUUCACCUCUCACAUCAGGCAGUGCAGACAGGCUCUACCUUACAAGACGUAGCUGCAAAAGUCAGCUUCUUACGCUGCAUUCCAAAGUCUUUCGCCAAGCACAUUUCGAAAGACAACUUCCUGACUAAAAUCAGGAUCCGGCGAGUGUUUGCGGAGUUUGUCCGAACUUUCCAGCAGCACACCGUGGACAAGGGGCGGCUUGGUGCCCAGGAGAUCAUGUAUAAGUACAUCUCUACCCUCGAACACUUGGCUCCAUGUUUCGGCACAGAAACUUUCCCUGUAACCCACCUGGACCUGAGGGAGGAUGCAGAUGGAAGCAGCUCUUAUUCUAACAACACAUAUGCCCAGGGCGCCUCGAAGGACAACUACCAGGCUCCUGCCACACAUGAAAUAAGAGUGUCUGGCAUCAAGGGGAUCCAGUGGAGGGAGGUGUCUGCUCAGAAGGCACAGGCCAACCCUUACUUGAGGAAUGACUACAUGAACUACAUGAAGAAAGCAAAACAGCAGCCUAGUCAACCGAAUGCAAACACUCCCAAUAAAUGGGCCUUCUUCUGUGAUUUCCCUGAAAUAACUCACAUAGCCAUUACUGAGGCUAAUGUGUGCAUUAGCACUCAGGACAAUCAAUACAUGGAGGUUCAGAUGAACUCCAGCCAGGAGGCCCAUUCCUUCAUCUCCCUCCUAGAUGGAUUCUACCGACUGACUGCAGACGCCCACCACUAUCUUUGUCGUGAAGUGGCUCCCCCAAGGGUAGUGCUGAGUGAAGCAAAUCUGCUGCAUGGACCUAUGCAGGAUGAUUUUGUGCUAUUGAAGCUGAAAAAGGAGGCAGCAGAGGAUGGAGCUUUCCUCGUUCGCUGGAGCGCUCUCGACUAUCGCCGCAUCAUCUUAGCUGUGCUGAACAAAAAUGAGAAUGGUUCAGCGCCAAGCCACAAGCAGUUUCGUAUUCAGCACAAGGGUUCGAUGUUCCAUCUGGAGGGCUGGGACAAAGAUUUUUCCAGCGUGAAGGAGCUGACAGAUAGCCUCAAGACCUUUGUACUCAAAUCUGGUUCGGACAGCUUUACUGUCAAAAAAUGCUGUGCUCCGAAACAAGCAGAGCUGUCCAACCUGCUGGUGAGGAGGCAAGAUGUCAAUCGCCGCUCUCCCCCUGACUCCUUGGCUCUGAACUUGACCCAGCUACGCUUCCAUCAGAUCAAGGAUAAAGAGAUAAUACAAGAACAGCAUUUAGGCCGUGGCACCAGAACUAACAUCUACUCAGGACGGUUGCUGGUGCGAGGUGGAGAAGAGGAUGAAUAUGACGAUGAAUUCAACAACAACUCUUCUGACCGCAAAGGCAUCCGAGUGGUUCUCAAGAUCCUGGACGAAAGCCAUAAAGAUAUUGCUCUAGCAUUUUUUGAAACCGCAAGUCUCAUGAGCCAGGUGUCCCACAGACACCUGGUUUUUGUGCAUGGUGUGUCUGUCAAAGGAUCUGAAAACAUCAUGGUAGAAGAAUAUGUGGAGUUUGGGCCUUUGGAUGUUUUCCUUCGCAAAGAGAAGGCAUCUGUGACUCCUCAGUGGAAGUUCAUUGUUGCAAAACAACUUGCCAGUGCCCUCAGUUAUCUUGAGACCAAACGUCUAGUUCAUGGAAACGUCUGUGCCAAGAACAUUCUGGUAGCAAGGCGAGGCCUAGAAAAUGGCAUCUCUCCUUUCAUCAAGCUGAGUGAUCGAGGCAUCGCCCUGAGCGUCCUUUCACGGGAGGAGCGUCUGGACCGCAUCCCGUGGAUUGCCCCUGAGUGUGUUGACAGCGGUGCACCCAUUGGCAACGCUGCUGACCAGUGGAGCUUUGGCGUCACGCUGCUAGAAAUCUGCAACAACGGCGAUCUUCCCAUGAGCGGCAGCACAUUGUCUGAGAAAGAGCGCUUUUAUCAGCAAAAAGGGCGCCUAGCUGAACCGUCCUCCCAGAAACUGGCCACAUUCAUCAGCAUGUGUUUGACCUAUCAGCCUGAGGAGAGGCCUUCAUUCCGCACUGUGCUCAGAGAACUCCCAGAAAUCUACAAUCUUGAUAUACCACCCAGUGAAACUUUCCCUGAUGCAGACCCCAGCGUGUUCCACAAACGCUACCUGAAAAAGAUGCGGGACUUGGGAGAGGGUCACUUUGGAAAGGUGACGCUCUACUUGUACGAUCCGUCCAACGAUGGGACAGGAGAGCGCGUGGCAGUGAAAGCACUGAAGCAAGAGAAUGGUCAUGUGUCUGAGGGCUGGAUGAAAGAGAUCGAGAUCCUGAAGUCCCUUUAUCACAGCAACAUUGUCAAGUACAAGGGCUGUUGCACUGAACUGGGAGGACAUGUGGUGCAGCUAAUAAUGGAGUACCUUCCUUUGGGGAGUCUUCGAGAGUACCUUCCCAAACGUAAACUCUGUGUGCCCCAGUGCCUUAUGUUUGCUCAGCAGAUCUGUCAGGGGAUGGAGUACUUGCAUUCAAAGCGGUACAUCCAUCGAGAUCUCGCUGCCCGGAAUGUCUUGGUGGAAAAUGACAGUUUGGUGAAGAUUGGAGACUUUGGCCUGACGAAAUACAUCCCUGAAGGAGAGAUCUACUAUCGUGUCCGUGAGGAUGGCGACAGUCCAGUGUUCUGGUAUGCCAUUGAGUGCUUGAAGGAGAGCAAAUUUUCCUUUUCCACUGAUGUUUGGUCCUUUGGAGUAACUUUGUAUGAGAUCCUGACCCGCUGUGACCAUCGCCAAAGCCCUCCAACAAAGUUCUUUGAAAUGAUGGAGGCACCCCAAGGACAGAUGACUAUGCUGAUACUGAUAAAACUGUUAGAGAGGCGGCGGCGUCUACCUUGUCCCAAAGAAUGCCCACAUGAGGUGAAGACGUUGAUGGAGCAGUGCUGGGAUGAAGAUCCUGCAGAGCGGCCAACAUUUGGAUUCCUCAUCGAAAAGUUUGAGGCUGUCCGCCGAACAUACGACUGGCAGUCCAACAUAAACUUUUCUUUGGCUCAGAUUUGCUGAUCAGGAGUCAGCGCAGAUCCCUUUGACUACAUGUCAUUACUCUGCCACUAUGCCAACCAUAUGUUUUAAGCAUGUGUUUUUUUAGUGUGCAAGUCCUGCUUCCACUAUUUACAGAUAUGUCUUUAUAGGCUUUUUUAUGAUAAAAGCACACUAUCCUCUCAUAUGUGAUGUUAACACAGUAAUAAACCCAACUUGUAUUUUUUUUGUUAUUUUUCAUUACUGAUGAGUCGAACUUAAUGAGGAAUGUGAGGACGUCACAUUAGUGUCAGGUUUUGUCUUUUAAAAGUUGUGCCUUUGCAUAUAUCACAGUAAGUAUUAAAGUAUAUAAUUGGGAGAUUACUGUAUUUCCUUUUAUGGCUUAUUUUUGUAUAUUUUUGAGUGUAUGUUAACUUUGCAUUUCAUUUUGUAUUCAGUCAAAAACAAAAUCUAAUAAACAGUUUUCUUUAGGAUAUUCA